AUGUGCUUCUUGUGCCAGGUGUACGCGCCGCACGAGGACGAUCCGGCCAACUUCCACAAAACCAUCUUCAUAUUCUUAUGUCGCAGUGCCACUUGUUGCCAGAGAAACCGUAGCGACACCGUGCGGGUGUUCCGCAACCAGUUGUCCUGGAAGAAUCCUUUCUACAGCCACGAACCGCCACAGAAAGAGGAAGAAAGCCUGGACGCGCGAGGCAACCCUUCGAAACCGUCGAAGCUGUCAAGUAUCCUCUUCACCAAGUACGAGAGCGAGGAGUAUAAGAAGAGCGUCGUCAACGAGGAGGGACAGUUGCAGCUCUACAACAGAUUGGUCGGCGAAGGCAGAACCGGAACUCUUCCGGAAUCGGAGGAGGCUGAACUCGAGGAACUCGCCACCUGUGAGAAAGACAAAGUUUUUGCGAACUUCCGGAAACGCGUCGCCUGCAAUCCGGAGCAAAUCCUGAGAUACGAGAGAGGUGGAGAACCUCUUUGGGUCGCUUCGGAACCGAAACCUGAGGCUGUACCAGAUUGCGAGCAGUGCGGAGGUCCGAGGCAGUUCGAGUUUCAAGUUAUGCCUCAGCUGCUGACCGUCCUCAAGGAGAACGAACUCGAUUUAGGGGUGCUGCUAGUCUACACCUGCAAGCGAAGUUGCUCAAGUCAGAAAACGUACAGCAAUGAGUUCGUUUUCAAACAAGACGUUUGCGAAACUGACACCGUCUGA